AUGGAAGGAGAUUUUCCUUCCAGGAAAGGAAUGUCUUUGCCUGUCAGCACCAUUUGUUCCCUGAGUUUUAUUAAAAUGGUCCGUAUAUUAAAUGUAAUUAAAUAUGUAUUGCAUAUUGUGCAUAUUGUGGUGUUUGCAUAUAUCUUUGGUAGGAUCUGGGAAUUUUGUCCUGUCUCCCAUUUCAGAGCCAUCAUUGACCCCGGAAAUUUCAUAGGUUUGAGGAUGUUUUUAAGCAAUGUGAAAAAUGGAAGAGAACAUAGUUUGGAAAAGGGUCAGGUAAAAGGUAGAAGCCAGAGUACUGACAUCAAGAUAAUAAGUUUAAACAUGGGACUUCUUGGAAUUUAG